AUGCUUGUCACCCACGGGCCUAUUAUCAUUGGCUGUAUUCUGCUUGCCGCAGUUUCACUCUUUUGGAAAAUUCUGCAUAAUUCCAAGGUUCCCAAGGCGGCUCUUCCUCCUUUCGUUCCUCUUACGGAAUACGAACUUCAACACACCCCAUUAGAGUGUAUUGCAAGGGCAUUAAAGCAACAUGGACCAGUCAUUCAGAUUCAACGCAAUGGUCAUAGACUUUUCUUAACAUCCAAUGAAUUCACACCGCGCAUUCUUACGGAUGAAAGCUAUUUUAGCUUUGAGAGCGGGAUGGCGAAGUUCUUCGGACUUACAUGGGUCAAUGAUCUCCACGAUGGGACAUUCUUCCAUGAUAUGGAUACCUACGCACGAGGCUUCGUCGCUCAACAAGUGCAGAAAGUUGUGCCGGAAAUUUGGCCUAUUUUCGAGAAAGGAGUGUGUGGAAUGGUCGAAAAUUCCCAGCCUGGAAGGCCCGUCGAGCUUCAACACCAGGUACAAGCUAUCAUGGCAGAGGCGACUAUUUGUAUUUUUUUUGGACAGAAAUACGGCAACCCCAAAAAUGUGAAGUCGGUUGUGGAUCUGGCUGAAGACAUUGCCGAGCUCUUGGGAAUCUACCAAAAUAUGUCCUUCCUGGGGCGCAAAGCGCCUUGGCUAUGGAAGCCUCUGACAUGGGUCAAGAUUAUUCUAUUCCGGAUUCCGCUUCAUAUUGGGUUCACAUUCACACGAACGCUGUGGACGGAUAUUUCCGAAAUUUCAAAGUCUCCGGGAAAGAAGGAUGAUAGCCUUAUUGGAUACCUCGUUCAAGCCUACGCCUCACCAGACGGCCAGCUAUCACUUCGCACGAGAAUGUGGAUUAUGGUCUUGAUCCUGACCUUUUUGUUCGCCAGUUUACACCAAACAGCAACGAUAAUGAUUUGGGUCACCUUCUACCUUGGAAUGCGUCCAGACUGUCAAGAUGAUCUCCGUGAAGAAGUCUCUUCUAUUCUAAGAUCCCGGGGAAUGAGUUGUACAAAUCCUGUUGUGGACGUACAAACAAUGCAUGAUGCAGUCAGGACUGACUCUUUCAUCCGUGAGGUUCUUCGAAUGAAAGGUGACAUCGUCAAUCUUGUGCGGGCGCCGAUUCGUGACAUCGAGAUUGGUGGUUAUAUCAUUCCCAAAGGAUCCCUCAUAUUCCCAGUCACCCACUUGUCAUAUCGAUCCCCAGAGUUCGUCACCGACCCAGAAAAUUUCAAUGGAGAGCGAUGGAUUGGAUCCGGAAAGACAGCUGCCAUGACUGGUUCUGGAUACCUCGCCUUUGGGCUCGGGAGAUGGGCUUGCCCGGGGCGCAUUCUUGCUGUAAUGGAACUCAAAUGCUGGAUCUUUGCCUUGCUCAAGCAUUCAAAAGUUGAGCUUGACGGUUGUAAGUAUGAGAUUUUGGAUCCAUUCAAUAUCACCAGUGUUCCGCCACAAGGUGAUAUCAUGAUUGAGAUGUGCAAAGGCUAA